UUAAAUGCUUUCUUGUGUUCCAGGCUAAUGGUGGCGGAGCACGCGGUCAGAUGGGACAGCCGCUUCACCUUCACAUGCAAGAUGACAGCCAACGCCUCCACGGGGGAACUGGACUCCUGUAUGUGCCGCGUCUCCGUCAGGCAGGAGGUGCGCGGCGGCAAGUCCUUCCAAAAGCUCGGGUUCGCGGACGUCAACCUCGCAGAGUUCGCGGGCUCCGGGGGGUCGCAGCGCUACCUUCUGGAGGCCUACGACUCCAAGACGCGCCUCCACAACUCCAUGCUCAAGGUCACGGUGGAGAUGACCCUGCUCUCCGGCGACCCCUGCUUCAAGGCGCCUACACCACUCAUACACAAAAAAAUGCGUCGCGAUAGCAGCUCACUCUUCAUCACACUGACCCUUGACCUCGACACACCCCCGGAGGUGACCCGCCACAACCCUUCCAGGCAACCUCCCAGGGGCACACGCUACCAGCCAUCAGUGGAGGCCGCAGGGGAGGAGGAGCCCACGCGGAGACCCACCUCUGGCUCCCUCGCCUCACUCACGUCCUCAGGCUAUGACUCACUCAAGAAGAAGGUCCAUGAGGUGUUCGGGGAGGGUGAGGAGGGCGAGGGAGGGCUGGCAGGGGAGGUGCCGGGACACUCCAGGAACUCCUCCAACACCUCCCACGGCUCCCACGCCUCCGGGUACGCCUCCAUCAACUCCCAGUCUGAGGUGUCCGGCCACAUGAGACGGACACCGACCUUCACCCUGUGGUCUCCUGAGUGUGUGCACCCCGCCUCGCAGCCUCCCACCCUAACCCUCUACACCCAUAACACCCCAGACUCCUCACCUCAGCCGCACCCCAGCCUCACGCCACGCCCCAAAGGCCUCGUGACGCACCCUAAACCCACUGCACGCUUCCACUUGCUCACCCCCCCCGCUGAGUGCCCCUCGUGUGGUGGAAGCCCCAAGCCUAACACGCCCAAAGCUGGUCUGAUGCAGCGGACGGAGCUCCACAGGCUGCUUGGGGGCUCGACUCGCUCCCUCACCUCCCUGGCGUCCCUGUCCUCCUGUAGCACCACCAGGGGGGACUCGGUUUCCAGCGGGGAGGACAGUAUGACGGUGGAGGAGCUGCAGUCUGCCAUCACGGCCGCCCUAUUUGCCUUUACUGACGCUUCUAACUUGCAUGUUUCGCCUGUUUCCCCCUCAAUGGUGUCGGAAAAGAAUGCCAGAAACAGCAGCGCCGGGUCUGGGGGCUUGAGCGAGGGCGGCUCCCUAGAGAGGGCAGCCGGCGGGAGGGGCAAGCCAGGCGGGAACGCAGGAGGGCCGGCAGGGGAGGCCAACAAGGAGUCCCGAGUUGACGCCACGAGGAUUGACGCCAAGGACAUCAUCGACAAGCUCUUUGAGGACACCAAAAUUGAGUCUCUGAAACCUGAUGACUCGGCUGAGACGUCAGGCCUUCAGCUGUACAUCGGGAAGGACGGGACAGCAGCCUUGGGGGGGCGGACGCUGAGUGCCGCAGGGGAGUUCAAGCCAGUCGUGUUCGAGAAGAGAUAGCACCAGCAGCACCCUGAGGGAGGCUUGCAUCUCCCCAGCCAGACCCAUCCCCCGCCACCCUCCCCAGCCACACCCCUCCACCACCGUCACACCCUCUCCACCAUCCCCACCACUGCCACCUCCACCCCAAGGCCGCACCACAGAUAGUUCCGGCGUGAUGUGUAUUGGUGGAGAACUUUGCCGUGGAGCGAAAGCCAAAGCACAACGCAAAAAUCAAGGAAGAAUCAAGGUGUCUGUGGAAGGGCCGUUAAAAGGUGGUGCGAGGUGGUGGAUGUGAACUGACAGUGUUGUGUUGGUGGGCGGUCACUGUGUAUCGUGGUGUGGGUGUGGUGGGGUGAUUGGUGAAGCAAACCGCAGCGUGGGUCUGCUAUACGCAAGUCCCGAGGCCCCGUUUAAGUAGUGCCGUUUCCUGUGUUUUGGGGCACAGUGUUGAGGAGGCGUGGCUGGUGUUCGGCUCCCAGGCACUUCAUGACCAAGACCAAAACCUGUGAUUUUUUAAUAUGUUUUUUCCUGUGUGACUUAGUGGAAGGAUCAUCAGCAGCUUGUGAUUUUUAUAUAUAAUUCUCGACUACAAUAAUGAUAAUAAUACAGCCGUCCCUCAAUAAGUACGCUUUCCAAUAGUCCUGUUUCGGUUUUACGUGGAUUUUCGUCGAAGAUUUUUUUCGGAUUUUUAAAUUUCCCGACGAGCAAGAAAUUAAAAAAUCCCUAAAAUAUCUUCCAUGACAAUCCGUAUAAAACCGAAACAGAACUAUUGGAAACCGUACUAUUUGAGGGACGAGUGUAAUUGGUGUGACAGUUUUUAGAAAGGGAUGUACGAAUCUAAAAAGAGAGAGAGAGAGAGAGAGGGAGAGAGUGAGAGGACGAUUCUCACCGUUAUUCAGCGCGCUACAAAAAUAUCAGUCAAGCGGCAACUCAGUCAGUGUCAAUGUUAUUUGCUCAGCCGUGUGUCUUUGGUGUUUGUCCAAUGAUGCCGAGAAGGGACACUUUUGCCUUAUUGGUUCUUAAGGAGAGAGGAGAGAAGCUCAUAAGGAGAGAAUGGAGGGAAUAAGGAGAGAGAGAUAGAGAUAAGGAGAGAAUGGAAAUGCUCUGAAAGGAAUAAAGAAAGAGGUUCAGAGAGAAAGAUAAGAAGAGAGAGAGAGAGAGAAGGGAUACAGAGAAAGAUAGAGAGAUGGGGUACAGAGAACGAUAGAAAGAAGAGGUUGAGAGAGAUAGAAGAAGGUAGAGAGAAAGAUAGAAAGAAGAUUUUGAGAGAGAGAUAGAGAGAAGGGGUACAGAAAAAGAUAGAGAGAAGAGAUUGAGAGAGAUAGAAGAAGGCAUAGAGAGAGGUUGAGAGAGAGAAAGAAAAGAGGUAGAGAGAGAGAUAGAAAGAAGAGGUUGAGAGAGAGAGAGAGAGAGAAGGGGUACAGACAGAGAUUGAGAGAGAUAGAAGAAGGUAUAGAGAGAGAAAGAAAGGAGAGGUACAGAGAGAGAUAGAGAAAGGAGGAUCAAAGAGAGAUAAGAGAUAAGAGGUUCAGAAAGAUAUACAGAGAACUUCAGAGGCAGGGAAAAGGAAAAUAGGGGGACGCUGCCAUGGCUUAGGAACAGAGAACAUAGAUACAAGAGAUACAGAGAUAUAGAGAGAGUGUGGAGAGGUUCAGACAGAUAGAGAGAGAAGAUUCAGAGGGAGAGAAGAGGAAAAUUAGGAGAGGCUACCAUGGCUCAGGAAUAGUGAACAUUAGUUUGCCGUGGGAAGGUGAAAGCGUUGAAGGAUUUUUGUAUAUAAUUAAAACAUCGUCUUCAUCGCCGGACCGCCAGAGACGUGAAGUGUUGUACUGACUAAUUAAGGCAUGGUCAACUAUCAUCUAACAUUGAACCCUUCAUCGUCAGCUCUGUGUAAUAAUAAUAAUAAUAAUAAUAAUCGUAAUCAUUGUCUCAUGGUCAGCUGUAAAUACCAUAAUGCAUAUUUUUACAUGGAAUUUUCUGUCAUAUAAUUGUGUAUUUAUUACGUGAUAUAAUGAGAGAAGAAUUACGCCGGAAGUGAUGAUGUGACGGGAAACUGUGGGGGAAUUUCAACUUGUGCCAGAGAGUCUUUCAGAAGUAUGUAAAUGCCCUUCAGUUUCUUAAUGGUUCCUCCAAGCGAGAAUAAUGAGAAAAAAUCACCCCUCACACAAACCAUUUCAUAAUACAUAUAUCAAACCAUUUGUGAUCAGAUUAUGUAUCAUCUAUUUCAGGGAGUUUAUAUCAUGGCACAAAUUUGGCCCGUCGCUCCUACACGGUAAAGCCACAAAUUUGGCCCGUCACUCCUACACGGUAAAGCCACAAAUUUGGCCCGUCACUCCUACACGGUAAAGCCACAAAUUUGGCCCGUCACUCCUACACGGUAAAGCCACAAAUUUGGCCCGUCACUCCUACACGGUAAAGCCACAAAUUUGGCCCGUCACUCCUACACGGUAAAGCCACAAAUUUGGCCCGUCGCUCCUACACGGUAAAGCCACAAAUUUGGCCCGUCGCUGCUACUGGGUUAAGAGGCAAAGCGUAAAGAAUACCAAGUUUCACAGAAUGUUGCAAAUAUACUACAUACCACCAUUUGUCUAAGAACUGACGUAGAGGGUUUUUUCAAUACAUUUCAUUUCUUGUUUGGGUCACGAGUAAUGCAAUGAAAGAAAGGCCAGUGGUGAGCAGUGUUUCCCAGCAGGCCGUCUCAUUUUAACUCAAUAUUCUUUCUGCUUAGAGAGAGAAAAAUGUGAUAUGUGAGGAGGAAAACUGAAGGUGUCAAUCCACAGUAAGGUUUUGGGUCUUCAUUCAUUGCUUGGAGAGAGAAAAAUUGUGUCCUGGAUGAUUAUAACUCGACAUUCACGUCGCUUAGAGAGAAAAAUUUAACUGGAUUGUGUGUCAGGAGGAAAAACAGAAGGGUGUCAUAAUCUGCUGUAAAUUUUCGAGUAUUAGUCCUUUGCUUAGAGAGAGAAAAAAAUCAUUGGGUUAUGUGUUUGAAGGAGAACUGAAAGGUGUCAUAAUUUGGCAAAAAAGCUUGUGAGUAUUAGUGGGUUGCAUAGAGAGAUGAGAAUUUCACUGGAUUAUGUGUCAGAAGGGAAAACUGAGAAGUAUCAAUCUGUUGUAAGCUUUUGAAUAUUGAUCCAUUGGUUAUAGAUAAAUAUUUGACUGGGUUAUGUCAGAAUGAAAACUGGAAGGUGUUUCAUUCUGCCGUAAGCUUGUAAGUAAUAGGUCCAAUACUGAUGUCAUUUAAGAAGAGGAACAAAAGAGAGGAGGCAGACACUGUUUACCCUAUCAGAUAUUACUUCAAGGCUUAUGUUAUUCAGGCGCAAGGGUGAGAAAACAUUUGUGAAUCAGAGCAAGGGUGGAGGAGAGUCGUAAGUCAGGCAAGCUGCGUUAUGAGACUCAGUCGGUCCCUCGUACAUUCUCAGACGUCCCCACAGCAACACAGUCUCAGUAGCUGCUUUACCGAGAGGGAGAGACAAUACUACCUUGAAUCAUCAUAUGUAGUCACUAAUAUUUGUGAUUCUGUCUACUAUUCUAUUAAUUUUGUGUGUGUGUAGCGUUCCAUGUGGAAAACGAAUUAGCUGAGGAGGUCCGCGCAGAAGGGACUCCGUUUAAUAAUCACCGUUACUGCAUGAAAAUACUGUCACGUAACCAACCAUCUCAAGGGUCAGUUCAGCAGCUUUGGUCCAGGAAGUGUUGUGUGCAUUUUUUAGGUCGUAGCCCCGAGUCCGCGGCAUUACAGGAGUGAACAGAUUCUGAACUACAUAUCUCUUCUCAGUUUCCUUCCUCAGAUGAUGCAGUAUAAUCAUCGUGGCUGUUGUGGUCAGUAUGAAUGUUGUUACUUUUGUGUGUAUUCCCGAGUCAAUGCUCUUUCUACAGUGUUCUCCAGGAUUGAUGAGUGACGCCGUUUUCUGCUCCAUGUGUGUCUCGAGCAGGAAAGGCACAAGUUUCAUGCCAGAGCGACUGAUUGAUGUCUAUUAUUCCUUCGUGGCUGUGAGCUCCACCCUGACUCAGCUCGUGGGUGGGUGUCCAGGGGAGGUUACUGUGUCCAUAGAGUAUUGUGUCGUCACUGUGGCUGCAACAAUUCAAACAUCCCUUGCCGUGUAUGUCCGAGGAAAGUUUUAUGUAGCUGUAGCCCUAUGAAUGACACUGUCCACUUGUGAUUAUGAGAGACUAAACAGGAGAGUCAGGUUAGUUUUAUGGCUACAGCUCAGUGGACAUAACUUGUUUUGCAUGAUGCAGGGAAAAAUGUAAUUGACAGUUUAGAACAAUUCAAUUAGUGUAAAAGCCGAGAUUAUUUCCUCAGUCCUAGUUAUCAGAUGUAUAUGUUCUAGCCAGUGAAACAACAUGCAAUAACACAAGAGGAUUCUGUUCUUUGUAAUAGAAGCACCAAACACUAGUACUGCUGCAGGUAAAGCCCCGUUCACGCUGUCCUGACUCUGGGCCACGACAACCCAGCGAUUUGGGGUAUACGAGGUCUUGGGUGUGAAAUGUUGAUGGUCGGAAAGAUGUCUAGACGCGAUCGCCGGAUGCUGAUUUGGCACAGUGUGAGGAGGGCCAAAAAGUCACUUGGUUGUCGUGGCCCAGAGUCAGCACAGUGUGAACGGGGCUUAAGUCAAGGAAGAGUAGCACAGCAUCUUGCCAUUGUUAAAUACGUCAAUGUUUUGUUGCAGCAAGUCAACCAGGAAACUCUGUCAGCGCAAACUCCACAAACAGGAUGGUCUGUUUUGAUAGCUUACCAAGGCUAUAGGAGUUCAUAGUUACUUGCAAAACACUAGACUUGAAAUACAUACCUAGGUGGUUCAGAGUACUCCAUCACUGCCCAUUUCACUCCCUCCUCAACCUCUUGUCCCUUCUUCCUCACUCCCUGCUUCCAAGUGUUUAUUUUUUCAGUUUUUUUUUCUCUGGAUGUAGCUUAUUAUUGUGGAAACCUUAGAUAACUGUGAACUACAAGCCAUUUGAGUCCAGCUAACCUAGAAACAGAUCUACCAUGAAACGAACUGUUGCUUAAGUGUUGAUCUUUAGGCAAGUCACGAAAAUGAUGAUAAUUGUUGAAUUUUUUUGUAUACAAUGAACUUUAAUUGUUGAGACCUAGCUAGAUAACUUAUGAACACUCCCAUUUUUUAACCUAGUCAGGCAGUUCUCACGUUGCCAUGUUGUGAGGUGUUAGUGGGCCUGCCAGUCUUCCCACACCACUAUGGCCAUAUUGAACCAUUAUGUGCAGCGCCUCCUGUCACAUGUGGCUGGCAGUGUGCAUCCUCUCAACAUACUCAUUUCACAACAGUGUUUAGCUGCCAUCCUUAAUUUAUUCAGCAGUUGUUCAUACCCGGGAGGAAGAUGAAGAGUGACGGGCCCGGCAUUGUCGAGGGUCCAGUUUUGUAAAGUUGUUGAAGCCUCGUAAUAUUGUUGUGUCGAGUGCAAGUCUGCCGUCAGUCCUUCGCAACAUGUCAUCUGUCAGCUUCCGGUCCAGUCUUGUGAAUGUCUGUGGAAUAGUACAAAUGAUGAUGGGCUUGAAGAAACAAUUUAACAUUUUACGAUGAUUUUUUUGUAUAACUAAAAUUUCUCCUAAAAGUCAUUGUCUGUGAAUGUUUGAAUAAUGUUUUUAAUCCACAAUAAAAGGAUGAUUCACUUUUAGCAAGAUUUUAAAGACUGUGUUUACUUUAUGAACACACGUGAGCAACAGAAAGCUUGUUUUGUUUCUUUGCAUUGGAGGAAAUCAUUCACGCUUUGGUUACAGAAGUGAACACGUUUUACCUUCAUGACACUUCAGUUUUUCUAACACAAGUAAUCAGCAGAAAGCUUCACUACUUUGCAUGAAGCUUUUAUUCUACUGAAAAAAAAAAGGUUAGCACAUAAUAUCCUCAAGCCUUGUUACUGUACUGUUGCAUUUGACCACCUCUUGUCAUCUGUUCCAGCAGGCGUGGUGGCUGGUAGUGUGGCCCACCCUCCCUCCUUCCCGUCCCCUCAUUUUUUCUCCUUCCCCUCCCUUUUCCCCUGUUCCCUCCCUCUCGUACUAUCCCCUCCCUUCCCUGCCUCUCCUUUUUUCCCCUUCCCCUCCCUUUUCCCCCGUUCCCUCCCUCUCGUACUAUCCCCUCCCUUCCCUGCCUCCUUUUUUCCCCUUCCCCUCCCUUUUCCUCCGUUCCCUCCCUCUCGUACUAUCCCCAUCCCUUCCCUGCUCCACCCCCGGGAGGUCGGGCACCAUCAACACCACCACCACCACCACCUCCACCACCUCCACCACCAGCACACAUUCCACAUCUCACCUACUACCAAUGUUACCAUUCAGAACUCUGUGUGUAGUUAUGUUUAUAAUUAUUUUUUUUGUAAAUAGUACAUUAAUAAUUAAAUAUAGCCAAGA